UCUACUAGCGAGCAGUGGUCUAUUUGUAUACCUUUAUUCUCAGCUCCAGCUAGUACAAAAGAAGUACACUAUUCGUCUUAAAGUGGUACAAAUAUAUACAACUGGCAUUUUUAAAAACUACAGUGCUCUUAGAGAGUUUUUUAGAGUUUUCGGCCUUUUUUUUUAAAUGUGGCAAGAGUUUUUUAGUGAAAAUUUUGAUAUAGAUGAUGGAUAAAAAAAAUAAAUUCAAUCUAGAAAAUCCCAAUGAUGUCGAGUAUCUUUUAUCGGUCAUAGAUGAUGACAUGGCCAUAAAUUCAGAAGCUGAAGGUGAUUCAGACGCUGAUCACGAAUUGCCUCUAUCUACAUUUGCGAAUACUUCUUCAACCCGAUUUUCAAGUCCAACUCUCUCUGAUCAAUCUUUUCUAAGUAAUUACGUAGAUGAAGGUGAGAUUAGAGAAGAAAGCGCGAACGAAGAAGAAGCAACCAAAUUUGCCGAAAAACCGGAAAAAGCUUCUCCUCGAAUUAUAAAUGAAGAGGAAAGGGAUGAAACAAGCUCAUCAGAUGUUUCGGAUGAAGAGGCGGGCCCAACCACAUGGGCGCGCCAAUCACAAACACCAAAGCAAUAUAAAGACCAUGGAGAAGAUUUCUCAUGCCUUUUUGGUGUUUCUAAAAAUAUAAAAAUUGAUAUAUUUCGGCCAUGUAAUAUAUUCUUAUCAGUACUUAGUAAUAUAUUUUUGCAAUACAUUGUCGAGCAAUCAAAUUUAUAUACGAUUCAGUGCAAUAAAGUAUUAGAUUUAACUUUGGACGAGCUAAAGGCGUACAUUGGUAUACUUGUAAUUAUGGGAUUUCAUUCUUUACGCAGUAUGAGGCUAUUUUGGAGCUGCGACCAGAAUUUUGAAGUGACGCGAAUAAAAAAUGUAUUGACUGUCAAAAGGUUUCUCAAAAUUACGCGCUUCUUGCACCUAAAUAAUAAAACUUGUAUGCCAAAAAAGAGAGAAGAAGAUCACGAUAAGCUCUAUAAAGUAAAGCCAUUUUUAGAGUACGUCACAAAACGUUUUAAGCUUAUUUUUUGUCCAUCAAGAUUCCUCUCCGUCGAUGAAUCAAUGAUAAAAUUUAAAGGACGAAGCAGUUUGAGGCAAUAUAUGCCAAUGAAGCCCAUAAAACGGGGAUUCAAAAUGUGGGUGAUAGCAUGUGGUGUUACAGGUUACUGUUUAGGGAUUUAUUUAUAUGAAGGAGCUGAAAAAGAAGGGAGCAUGGGAUAGCUAUGGGUUUACGAGAAAGAGUAGUAUUAAAAUUAUCACAGUUUUUUGAAGGGCUCGGAUAUUGUCUUUUCUUUGACAACUUUUUUUCAUCAAUAGCACUGGCAAGAAAGCUUUUGGAAAAAAAAUUCUUUUCAUGCUCCACCAUUCGACAAACUAGAAAACUGUUUCCAAAGACUAUGCUAAAAGAUGAUAAAAAUAUGAGUAUUGGAGAAAUAGAUGGGCUCCUAUAAGGGAAUUUGUGAAUAUCUAAGUGGAAUGACAGGGGUAAGAAGUCUGUUUGUAUUAUAAGUACUAUGCAUAAUCCCCUCAAAGAAACUGAGGUUCUGCGAACGCAAAAAACAGGAGAAAGAGCCAAUGUCAAAUGUCCUGAAAGAAUUGCUGACUAUAAUCUCUAUAUGGGUGGAGUUGAUCAUUUCGACCAACUGCUUUCAGCUUAUAGUAUUUCAUGGAAAAGUAGAAGAUAGUGGAUGAGAAUUUUCUAUUACCUUUUAGACUCAUGUAUUGUAAAAAGCUAUAUAAUCUAUCAAACAACUGUCAAGCAAUCGAACAGCAAGGAUAAGCCCAUGACUCAUUUGCAAUUCCGAUGAAAAUUAUCGACAGAGCUAAUAGGUUCAUUCUGUGGACGACUAAAGGCCGGGCCAAUUUCACAAUUUGGACGUGCAAGAAAAAGAAAUCAUUUGGAUGGUAGACCUAGUGUUUUUAAUGCUGUACGACUUAAUAAUGUUGGAACCCACUUACGCAUAAAAGGUACAAGACGCAGGUGUGCUCAUUGUAGCACAAAAAAAUUACAACAAAGAUCAAACAUUAUCUGCAAAAAAUGUGAAGUUCAUCAUAAAACAAUAAUAUUGUUUUAUGAUAACUACCUAAUGAUAAGGGUUUAUUUGUUAUAAUAUGGAUGGAGAUUGAUUUUAUGUAUUAUUAGAAUAUAACCUGAUAUGAAAAAAGU